AAGAAAGCGCAUAGAUAGGCGGUGGUAUGUUCGCCCUUUAAAUCAUAAAAGAGAUCAGGAUGGGGAGUUUGUGUCUCUGGUGCUUCCCAUGCGAAGCCUGGACGAGGAGAGACAUUUCCAGUAUUUUAGGAUGUUGGCGCCAAAAUUCGAUCAACUGCUCUCACAAGUCGUCCGCUUUCUCCCGGACACUCACCAAAAUCACCGCAACCCGAUUGGAGCUUCGCAAAGGCUUGCAGUGACUUUGCGGUACCUUACGACAGGCAUCAGCCUGCAGGCACUCUCUGCAAGCUACAAAAUGGGCACCAGCACUGUUUCGGGCAUUGUAGAUGAGAUGUGUUGUGCCAUCUGGGAUGCCCUUCAGGGGGAGUUCAUGGCCUUUCCUUCGCUCAGUCAGUGGCAGGACAUAGCGGAGGACUUUUGGAGACAGUGGCAGUUUCCCCUAUGUGUCGGAGCGAUUGACGGGAAGCAUGUUCGCAUCAGAGCACCACCACGAUCAGGCAGCGACUUCUACAAUUACAAAGGUUUUUUUUCUAUUAUUCUUAUGGCAGCUGCUGAUGCGAACUAUAGAUUUAUUUACAUCGAUGUUGGCGCAUUCGGGCGUGAGAGCGAUGGAGGUGUCUUGGGCCGCAGUGCGUUUGGAUCCAGACUGGCAGAGGGAAAGCUCAAUCUACCUGCUGAUGGUGUCUUACCGGGCACCACAACGCCCAGUCCUUUUUUUUUCCUGGGGGAUGAGGCAUUUCCCUUACAGGAGAACCUGAUGCGACCCUAUCCAGGUGGGAAUAAAAAUAAUUGA